GCCGCCCUUCCCGCCCUCCCCUCCCUCCCCCUCCCCGCGCGCAGCUCCCUGAGGCGCCAUGUCGCGCGCAGCGCGGGCAGCGCGGGCGGCUGCGGGCGGUCGCGGCGGCUCCGCUCAUGGCGGCGCCUCAGCGGCGAGGCCGCUUCGCACCAUCGUCCCCGCGGGGCGGGCGGCGCCGGGGCCGCCGCUGGGGCCGCUGCUGGGGCAGCGCGGGGUCCCGGUCGGCGCCUUCUGCCAGGACUUCAACGAGCGCACGCGGCUGCUGCGGCCCGGGGUGCCGCUGCCUGUGCGACUGCGCGUGCGCCCCGACGGCUCCUACGCGCUGACCAUCGGGCAGCCGACGGCCUCCUACUUCCUCAAGGCCGUCGCCGGCAUCGAGAAGGGGGCGGCGCGGCCCGGGCACGAGGUGGCGGGGCUGGUGUCGCUGAAGCACCUGUACGAGGUGGCGGUGGCCAAGCGAGGGGACCCGGCGCCCGGCCUGCGCGACGCCCCGCUGCGGGUGCUGGUGGGCGCCCUGGUGGGCUCCGCCCGCAGCCUGGGCCUCCGCGUCGUCCCCCGGCUGACGGCGGAGGAAUGCGCCGCCUUCCAGCAGCAGCGGCGGGAGCUGUUGGCGGCCAGAGAGACGGCGGCGGCCGAGGAGGCGGCUAAGAAGAAGUGAGCCCGGACGCCUGGGCCCCUUCCCGGACGCCUGGGCCCUUUUCCCGGACGCCUGGGCCCUUUUCCCGGACGCCUGGGCCCUUUCCCCGGACACCUGGGCCCCUCUCCCGGACGCCUGGGUCCCUUCCUGGACACCUGGGCCCUUUCCCCGGACACCUGGGUCCCUCCCGGACGCCUGGGCCCCUCCCUGGACACCUGGGCCCCUCCCCCGGACGCCUGGGUCCCUCCCGGACGCCUGGGUCCCUUCCCCGGACGCCUGGGUCCCUUCCCGGACGCCUGGGCCCCUUCCCUGGAUGCCUGGGUCCCUCCCCGGACGCCUGGGCCCUUUUCCCGGAUGCCUGGGUCCCUUUCCGGACACCUGGGCCCUCAUUCCCGGAUGCCUGGGCCCCUCCCGGACGCCUGGGCCCUUUUCCCGGACGCCUGGGCCCCUCCCCGGACACCUGGGCCCCUCCCGGACGCCUGGGCCCCCCCUGCCACCCUGGGGGGGGGGGUUGUGUCUCGCCCAAUAAAUGUCCUGCUGCCA